GAAGGAUAGAGGAGCAGAGGGAAGGAGGAACAGAGAGAUGGAGCAGCAGAGGGAAGGAGGAACAGAGGGAUAAAGCCUCAGUGUCAGAAGGAGGAAAAAGGGGAUUUCCAGCAGAAGAGGAAGCAGGAGUGGCAUGUCUCAGCUCAGCACACGUGCCUGUGUGCUGGGAAAAGCGUUUGGAUGGCAGCUCUGUCCCUCAGCUGCUGCUGUCCGAGCCUGACCCGCUCACCCCAGGUGCCAGGGCUGGAUCCCAGAUCCCUGGGCAGGUAAUGGAGGAACCAGGCAGCUCUGUGCUCAUCACACUUUGUUCUGCAGCACUGGUAACCUCUGGUUAUUUGAAACCGUUCCCAGUCAGAGUUUGCCAACAACCAUGCAUUUUCAAAGGGUAAAUAUUUCCCUCUGACUGAUGGACACAGCAAUCAGAGUGAGAGUAUCCCAGUUCUGUGGAAUGCUUUCAGAGGAAAUGCCCCUGAAGGGGCUGGGGAGGGUUUGAUGUGCUCUGAUAACCCCUCUCCUCCAUGAGCCCUUGCCUCUCCCAGGGCCUCACUUUCCCCAACUUGGUUUUCCAGCUGCUCUUACUAAAAACAUUCUCAGCAUCCCUCUGCAAACGCCAGGUUGUGUCCUUUGUUUGGUGAAGCCAAAGCCCCCGGAGACUGCUCUCCCUGCACCCAGAGGCCCUUCAGUGACACUGGGAUGUCACGUCUGUCACUGGCUGGAGGUUGUGGCUCUCGGAGCCCCUGACCGUGCAGGUUUCUUUCUUCUGGAGAAGUUUUCCUUAAAACAAAAGUUUUCCUUUACAAAUGUGGUUUGACAGUAUCUGGUGUGGAAACACUGAGUGAAUUUAAACAGGUAUUUGUUUUCUGUGGCUCCUGCCCGUUUCUCAGAGCUUUGGCUCAUUUUUACAGCAGUUCCUCUGUAUCAGGGUCAGUUCUGGGGCAAGAAGUGCCAGUUUUGGUUCUGCCACGGUGCGUGGAGCCACUCUGUGGGUCAGCCCCUGGCACACACCACCAGCACAGAGCCAGGGCCAGCAGUGCAGCCAGGGUGACCCCAGAUCCUUGGGCUGCUGCAGGACAGACAUGCUGGGUCAGGUUUAAGAAUAAUUUUAGUUGUGAUUUUCAGGAAAACAACAUUUUUCUUUUUGAAAUUGUGGGGGGUUGAGCAGCUUUAUGUGAAAUCUGCAGGCAAGAUGAAAGCCUGUUUUCCCCUUUAUUAAAUUUAAAUGAAGGCUGCUUUUGAGAAAGAAGGGAAAAUAAAAUCAAAGGUUUCCUCACAAAUAUCAGAUCCAUUAUCAGCCAUUUUCUGGUAAAAAGUCUUGAACAGUUUUACUUCCCCCUUCCCCAGUGAGAGCCCCAAAUGCCCAGGGUCUCACUUUGUCCUGAGGCUCAAUCCUGUGCCUUGGGAGCUUUUCCCCAAGGUCUGCAGCACACAUCUGUCCCCAGGGGACCUCCCAGGACCCCAGGCACUGGGAGCAGAGGGGCUGCAGAAGGGUCCUGCAGAGAGCCCUGCAGUGGGGGUCCUGCCGUGGGGGUCCUGCAGUGGGGCUAGCCAGCAGCAAGUGCUGAAUGUCCUGCUCUGUGGCAGCGGGGCUGCCAGGCAGCCUGGGAGCCCGUGCAGCGUCAGGUGAGCCAGGCUGCUGGGCUGGCACUGCUCGGGUGGCUGCCCUCACCCUGAGGGCUGAGCUGGGACACAGCCCUGGCGGCAGGGUGGGCUCCUUGGCAGGCUCAGAAGUGCAUCAAUCCCCAAACCCUUUGGAUUUUGGGUACCUGGGCCUCCCCUCCCUGCAGCAGUGGCUGGGGAGUGCUGCUGCCUCUGGGCCGGCGAGGGGACUGGGAAUGGAGCCAGUGAGAAGUGAGAGUUUGGGGAGCUAAUCAUGGAGCAAGAGAGGGAAAUGGAAGUGAAAUAGCACAAAGAAGUGAAAGCCAUGAAAAAAGCCUACUGUAAGUGAGCAGGUGGUGCGUGAGGAGCUGGUGGAGGCUCUGAGAGGAGCAGCCAGGGCAAGGGAGGGCAGGCUGUGCAGGAUGUGCCAGGACAGAGCCUGCAUCUUCCCAGAUGUGUUGGGAAACAUGGGAGGAGAGAUUGCACCAAAACUAAACCUCGGAGUGGGAGGAAAAAUGAAGAAAGAACCCCAAAUUUCACAACCCCAAAGGGUCAGGGGCAGCGGGCACCACUGCUGACCCAGGUGCAUCCAGCCUGGUGGCCAUGACGGCAUAGGCCGGCAGCGAGAGAUGGAUCGGUUCAGCGAGUGCGGGACGCAGACGGACGCCGUGGUGGUGCUGUCCCUGGCACAGGCUGCUGUCCUGGGCCUGGUGUCCGACAAUGAGCUGCUCGGGGCCACCGUCACCCCUACUGGCUUCUUCCCGGGGCUGGCCGGGGAGCAGCUGGACAGUGCCAGCACGGAGCCAGGGGAGCCUGAGGGUGAGGAGCAGGCGCCUGGGGAUGGGCAGGACGAGGACGCCCUGGAGGCAGACUCCUCCCUGGAGAAGCACGCCCGGAGGAGGAAGAGGCCGCCCGUGAGGCUGAUGCCCAAGGUCAAGAGUGAGAAGGCAGAGGUGGAGGCUGAGCCGCCGUACAACGCGUCGGUCCCCGAGGACGAGGAGGGCGAGGGGCAGCCCGGCCACGCGCCCCAGCCCCCAGAGCCGAGCCAGGAGGCGGUGGCGCAGAGCGGUGCCAUGAAGAUGAUCGACCUGGGCACCUUCAGCAGGAAGCCCCCCCGGCGCCUGCGGCACCUGCGCCGGCACCGGGAGCCGGAGGGCACCGAGCGCCGGCGCAGGGGCAGUGACCUGGCCGGCGGCACCGGGGGGGCCCCGCAAACCGUGGGCACCUUCGAGGCGGGUGCCCCGUCCCCCGGCGAGGCGGAGGCCCCCGCGCCGGCGUCCCCCGAGCAGGUGAAGAGCGAGCAGGGCUGUGGCUGGCAGGAGCCGGGGGAGCUGGAGGCGGCCGGCGGCACCAGCGAGCACAGCAGGAAGGCGCAGCUGGACCGGCUGGACAUCAACGUGCAGAUCGACGACUCCUACCUGGUGGAGGCAGGGGACCGCCAGAAGCGCUGGCAGUGCCGCAUGUGCGAGAAGUCCUACACCUCCAAGUACAACCUGGUGACCCACAUCCUGGGCCACAACGGCAUCAAGCCCCACUCCUGCCCGCACUGCAACAAGCUGUUCAAGCAGCCCAGCCACCUGCAGACCCACCUGCUGACCCACCAGGGCACACGGCCCCACAAGUGCGGGGUGUGCAGCAAAGCCUUUACCCAGACCAGCCACCUGAAGCGGCACAUGCUGCUGCACACCGACAUCAAGCCCUACAGCUGCCGCUUCUGCGGGCGCGGCUUCGCCUACCCCAGCGAGCUGAAGGCGCACGAGGUGAAGCACGAGAGCGGGCGCUGCCACGUGUGCGUGGAGUGCGGGCUGGACUUCUCCACGCUCACCCAGCUGAAGCGGCACCUGGCCACGCACCAGGGCCCCACGCUCUACCAGUGCCUGGAGUGCAGCAAGUCCUUCCACUACCGCAGCCAGCUGCAGAACCACAUGCUGAAGCACCAGAACGUCCGGCCCUUUGUCUGCACCGAGUGUGGGAUGGAGUUCAGCCAGAUCCACCACCUCAAGCAGCACUCGCUCACGCACAAGGGCGUGAAGGAGUUCAAGUGCGAGGUGUGCGGGCGGGAGUUCACCCUGCAGGCCAACAUGAAGCGGCACAUGCUGAUCCACACCAGCGUCCGGCCCUACCAGUGCCACAUCUGCUUCAAGACCUUCGUGCAGAAGCAGACGCUCAAGACCCACAUGAUCGUGCACUCACCUGUGAAGCCUUUCAAGUGCAAGGUCUGCGGCAAGUCCUUCAACCGCAUGUACAACCUGCUGGGCCACAUGCACCUGCACGCCGGCAGCAAGCCCUUCAAGUGCCCCUACUGCUCCAGCAAGUUCAACCUGAAGGGCAACCUCAGCCGGCACAUGAAGGUCAAGCACGGCGUGAUGGACAUCAGCCUGGACAGCCAAGAUGCCAUGAUGGAGCUGGCUGGGGCUGAUCACACUGAGCUGGACGGCCAGCAGGAGAUGGAUGACUUCGAGGAGGAGAACUCUUACGGCUACGGGGCUGUGGGCAACCCCCCAGACGAGCACACGCUGGCCGAGCAGGCCAUGAAGGAGAUGGCCUACUACAACAUGUUGUAGCCCAGGCUGGUGGGGAUGUGGGGGCUUGGUGGCGUUAAGAGGGGCUGAGGCACCCAGCCAGGCCCCCCAGAGCUGGAGGGAUGGCUUCCACUGGGCUUGGGGAACACAGGCAUGUCCAGAAGACUUUGCUGGAACUGCCUUGGCUCUGCUGCUGCCCCCCUGCUCCUGCCUGCACCCUGCACCUGGUGACUUGAAGCUGCAGGCAGGGGAGGCAUGACCCAGCAGAUCACUGAAUGAGUAAGGAUGGAAGGGGCUGCUGUGGAGCAAGAUGAUGAGCAUCACUAAUUAUUCUACCUCCUGGGUCCCCCCUCUGUGCACAGGGGUUCCCCUGACGGGCAGAAGCCCCUGCCCGCAUGAGGAGGUGGGUUUGCAUUUCCCACUCACCCUGGGGCUCUCACCCCUGUGUCAGGCCCUGGGAUGAAGAACAGAGUAUUUUCAUAGAAGCUCAGGGCGCAGCCAGUGCCCACAGCUCUGGGUCUGGAGCUGCAGCCAGCGGUGGAGCCAGGGGAGGCAAACCCAGCCCAGCCCCAGCAAAUGAUGGUAUUUUGAAAGUAAUUUAUUUUUUUCAGAUGUGCCGCGUGGUUGGUUUUAUCUUUUCACUGAGUUCAGUUCCCUUCAACCAAUGUGCUUUGUAAACCCG